CUUCUCUGUUUCUCUACCAUACAUUUUUUUAAAUUUCCCUCAAUCAUGUCUUUGCUAUCACUUAAGAAACCCAUCACCUCACUUGUUCAUCCAAAAUCGCAAAACCUUGACGAAGGAUUGAACCUCGAAAGCUUCACAGAUGAUAUCGUUGCAAAUUAUAUUUACGCCAAACAUUACGAAGAUGAAAAAUUCAAAAUUGAUAUCGAUAGUUAUAUCUUACUAGUGGAAAGCAUUAUUAUAACUGCAGAUCGAAUCACCGACAGUAUUUCUCGAGUGAUUGAAGGACGUAUUGCAUUUGGAAAUGACUCUUAUGCUGCUUCACUCAAUCUACCUCUUUGUACUCUACAUCGUAUCUCUAGUCAGUUGGCAUGCAAAGCAGCAGGGAUCGAGAAAGCACACGAGACAACCAUGGAGAUCCUCAACAUACUAAUCAACUAUCCAUGGGAGGCAAAGGCAAUUCUUACCCUAGCAGCAUUUUCCAUGGAUUAUGGAGAUUUAUGGCACCUCAACCAUUACUUCAAGACAGACCCAUUGGCCAAAACAUUGGCCACAAUCAAGCGAGUGCCCGAGUUAUACAAGCACUUGGACACACCCAAAUAUCGCCAAGUGUUUCUUACCCCAAAGUGCUUAAUCUACGCUUGCAUGCAAGCCAUCAAAUAUAUGAAAGAAAUUAAAGAUAUAUCCAAGUAUGAUAUGAACGAAAUAACUGAGUUAUCUUCAGCCAUUCGCCAAAUCCCUUUGAUCACUUAUUGGGUUAUACACAUUAUUGUUGCUUCUAGAACACAAAUUUCUGCUUAUUCCACUGCCAAUCAGGGUCAAUCACGGAAGUAUUUGAAUGAAUUGACAGAGAAGAUCAAUUCAAUACUCUUCACACUUGAAACCCAUCUGAAAGAUAUCCGACAACGGCGAGAGGAGAUUAAACUAUAUAAAUGGUUGGUGGAUCAUAUCGAAAACCAUCCUACUCAAUUGUCGGCGGUUGUAUCGAAAUUGAUCGAGGGAAAGAACGAAGCAACACCUUUCAUAGAUGGCUCGACUCAUAGAAAGGUUAGAAUUGAAAGUAGCUUGAGGAGGAAGAACAUGGUAUUGGUAAUAUCUCGAUUAAACAUUUCAGAAGACGAUAUCAAAGCUCUUCAUGAAGUUUACGACGAAUUGAGUAGAGAAGAUAAAUAUAGGAUCGUUUGGAUUCCGAUUAUCAACCCACAUGAUCGAGAAGAAGAAAAUCGAAAAAGGUACAACUAUGUUGCAUCUAAGAUGCCAUGGUAUAUAGUGCAAUAUACUACAAAAAUUGCAGGAUGGAGAUUUUUAGAAGAAAAUUGGCAACUUCGAGAAGAUCCAUUAGUAGUUGUUCUUGACUCAAUGUCAAAAGUGGAGUUUACAAAUGCAAUUCAUUUAAUUCGAGUUUGGGGAUCGGAGGCUGUUCCUUUCAGUCGUAGAAAAAUAGACAUUUUGUUGGAAAGUGAUUGGCCAAAGUCUACUAUUCUCAAAUUUACUAGCCACUCGAGAGUAAUGGAUGAAGAAAAGAGUGUCAUAUUUUAUGGAGGAAAAGACCCGAAUUGGAUUCAACGAUUUGAAGAUAAAGUUAUAGACAUUAAAAACGAUCCCCUAAUAAGAGUGAAAGGGAUUACAUUCGAUAUUAUAUGCGUAGGGAAGAACGCUAUGGGAAAGGAUGAUCCUACCGUUAUGUCUCGUUUUUGGAGUACGCAAUGGGGAUUCUUCAUAAUUCAGAGUCAAAUAAGAGGUUCAAGUGCAAGUGAAACAACGGAAGAUAUUCUGCGGUUGAUAUCUUAUGAAAAUGAAAAUGGUUGGGGCAUUAUAGCUGUGGGUACUCUACCUGUCCUCGUUGGUCGUGGGGAUUUGAUUUUGGCUGUAUUGGAAGACUUCAAUAAAUGGAAACAAAUAUUGAACAUAAAAAGUUUUCCGGAUUCUUUCAAAGAUUACUUUAAUGAAGUUGCUUUAAGGAGGCAUCAAUGUGAUAAAGUUGUUCUUCCAGCAUUCAGUGGAUGGAUCCCAAUGGUAGUCAAUUGUCCUGAAUGUCCUCGUUUCAUGGAAACCGGUAUCAACUUCAAAUGUUGUCACGGUAAAACUCACAUGUAAUGAUGGGAGGUCUUAUGCUACCCUUUUUGAUGUUACUCCAUUUGGGUAUAAUCUCAUUGUAUUUCCUUGAAAAUUAGUGAAUUAAGCCAUGCAAUUAUUAGAGAUCGGUAUUA